GAAUCCCUCCAGUUCUUCCCCCCCGGCGGUCUCGGGCCAAACGUGUACGCGAUGUGGCUUUUCCGAGUACACGUGAGUAAUCCGUCGUUGUUGGAAGCGUACGAGAAUAACCCGUCGUUGUUCGAAACGCAAACAUCGGUGAACCUCGAUGACUCGGAAUCAGUUCCGGAGAAUCAACCGGAAGCAAUUGCACCAACGGGAACCAAAAAAAGUGCACGCCGGAAGAGUCACAAAGCGAAAGGCGACAAAUCGAUAACCAGGGCGACACGGUCAAUCCAAAAGUGGAUUCUGGAAGAAGAAUCCUUGUUGGCGUCGGCUUGGGUUGACGUCUCCGAGCAUACUAUCGUUGGUUCGGAGCAAACAAAGGAUGCGAUGUGGGAUCGCAUCGAGGAGAAGUUCUUUGCGGCGAUGGACAAGGACGCCUCGUACCGUACACGAGACCAACUCACUUAUAAAUGGGGCCACAUCAAUCGUAAAGUCCGGAAGUUUAUCGGAGUUUACGAGGAAUGCUCUCGAUCCUGAAAGAGCGGGACGAACGAUGCCGAUGUUCUCCGACUUGCCAUGGCCCGGUAUCAAGACGACGGGCACCAAGGCAAGGUGCCUGUCGAUCUUUGGAGAAUUUUAACCCGUUCACCAAAGUGGCAACAACUCAACUCUCCCGAGACCGGAUCCUCAAAAAUAAGAUCCUCUGCCAAGGCCGAGAUUGAGGUCGAUGACACUAUCGGUUCGUCCAAACAAAGACCUCCCUUCAACGUAGAUGAUUCUGAUGACGAGGACCUCAUUCCACGACCGAUCGGAAGAAAGAAGGCAAAACCAUUGCCUCGGGUUCUAGAGAGUCUGGCUCUAUUUCCUCUCACGACGAUAUCGGUCGGGCAAUGGUUGAACAACUUCGG